CUGCCAACCAUAGACAAAAGAGGGAGGAAGUUUGUGAAUGAUCGAUUUUACGCCGGCCUCCUGAACUUCUCAACGACAUUUUUCUUUGUUUGCCGUAACGCGUGUGGACAAUAUUAACUUUAGCCGCGAGUCCGCGUACAAUUCAAUAAAAUGGCGAACACGUUUCGCGCGGUGACGGUAUCGGCGGUGAGUGGCGAGGGUGCGCUCGCAGCGCGCUUCAAUUUUCCGACAAACGUAAACGUGGAUUAUGACCCGCAGGGGUUGAGUGUUAAAGUGAUUCGUGCGGACCCGGUGCUGGCUCAGGAGGUGCUCGAGUUCCCUGUCCACAGCCAGAGUGAGUGCUCGCGCGUCGCUGGCCAAUCGUACAUAUUCACGAUUGACAAUGAAACGCUAUUCUUCAAGUUCGCGUCUGACGCCGACUGUCAGGCCUUCCACCUGCUCGUUACGAAGACCAAGGCGGGCAGGUCGUCGUCGGUGUUUACGGUGCGCACGGAAGACUCGUCGGCAAUGCAGUACUUCCAGUUUUAUGGUUACCUGAGUCAACAGCAGAACAUGAUGCAGGAUUACGUGAGGACGAGCUCGUACCAACGCGCUAUACUGUCGAACAUCAACGAUUUCAAGAAUAAAGUGGUGCUGGACGUUGGUGCAGGCUCAGGUAUUUUGUCGUUCUUUGCUGCGCAGGCUGGCGCUCGCAAGGUGUACGCGGUGGAGGCGAGUAACAUGGCCCACCACGCGCAGGCGCUGGUGCGCGCCAACGGGCUGCACGACCGCAUCACGGUGGUGGCUGGCAAGAUCGAGGAGAUUGAGCUCCCUGAGGCUGUGGACGUGAUCAUCUCAGAGCCCAUGGGCUACAUGCUGUACAAUGAGCGAAUGUUAGAAACAUACCUGCAUGCAAAAAAGUGGCUCAAACCAAAUGGUAACAUGUACCCAACAAGAGGAGACCUCCAUAUAGCACCAUUCACAGAUGACGCGCUGUUCAUGGAACAGUAUAACAAAGCCAACUUCUGGUACCAAACCUGCUUCCAUGGAGUUGAUCUAAGUGCACUGCGCACGGCUGCCAUGAAGGAGUACUUCAGACAGCCUAUUGUGGACACAUUUGACAUUCGUAUCUGCAUGGCGAGGUCAGAACGACAUGUAGUAGACUUCUUGAAUGCACAUGAGACAGAUUUACAUAGAAUUGAAAUUCCCUUCAGAUUUGAGCUGACACAGUCAGGUACGUGCCACGGUUUGGCAUUCUGGUUUGAUGUGCUGUUUGCUGGAGCACAGCAGCACAUAUGGCUGUCCACCGCCCCCACAGAGCCACUCACACAUUGGUACCAAGUGCGAUGCCUCUUAGAGACCCCUAUCUUUGCCAAACAGGGUCAAGCACUCACUGGUCGCGUGUUGCUAUUAGCAAACAAACGUCAGAGCUAUGAUGUCACUAUGGAGAUCAACCUAGAAGGUACCAACAUCACUUCAUCAAACACUCUGGAUCUCAAGAACCCGUACUUCAGGUACACUGGCGCGCCGGCGGCCCCUCCGCCCGGCGUGAACAGCAGCUCCCCUAGUGAAACAUACUGGAACUCUAUUGAGUCAACUGCUUCACUGACCAAUGGGCAAGGCGUGAUGCUUACAGAUGGAGCCCAGCAGUACUGCUCCACACCUGAUCAGACCAUGGCUUAUGGAGCACACCCCAACAUGAUCAAGACAGUGAUGCUGCAGGAGGAGUUCAUCAAGAGGAUCGGGAUAAGUCAAAAUGGGGACAUAUAAUCCGAGAGGUCGCGCAGAGCGCGCCUUAGGGCAAUAAGAAACCGCCGUAAUCGGUUGUGAACUAUCUUCCGUUCAGACUUUAUAGUGUGUAAGCGGACUUAUUUAUUAUGAUACAUCACAGUGACACAAUCAUGUAACUAGAGACUCUGCUGGCCUUGUAAAUUAAGUAAAAAGUGAAAUGGUAAUCAAAGGCAAUAAGUUAAGCCUUCUCGGAGAAUGUUUAGUUUUGGCGGUACCAACGCUUAUUAGUGUAAUUUGAACACACAUAGAAAAGUGAAAUUCUGAUGUAAAUAUUCUAUAGUUGGAGGCGAAUCGGCGCGACUGGCCGGCUGACAGUCCCGCUCGAGGCAGCUCUGGGAUAGUAAUUGUACUACUAUUAAUAUAGUCCAAGUACAUUUAGGAUAAGCAAUAAGUGCUGAUUUGAAUGAUGAUGCUUAUCAUUGUCAAUACUCAUUUAUCAUUAUUGGAGUCAGGCUCAAUCAUUAGUUAGGUAGACACAGCCAGUGCUAACCAGUCCAAUGAUACCUUCUGUCUGCCAGUCAACACUAGAGAUCGCGAAUAAUGAAAAUUUACUUCCGUCAAAUAUUUUUAUACACUGCACUUUAGCCAUAGAUUGUGUAAAAAUCCUUUUUGUAAAUAUAGGAUAAAGUGAUCAAUUCUUUUUCUGGAACAUUGAUAUUGAGCAAAUAAUCAGUAUUGUACAUGUUCUUAUUUCUUGAUAAACUUAUGAAUACUGUGAACUUUUGUAUUGUAAGUGGUAACAUUAUAGUAAUGCGAGCAAGGAUCUGCUAUUUUCAUUGUAGACAUUGGUGCUUGAUCCUCUAUUGCACAAAAAUAGAUCAGAUAACAUGACUACCUCAUGAUUUGGCAGACAAAUGGAUCUCGAAAACGUGCUGAGAAGUUGCAAGCAAAAUCGUUCUCCCGUAUAGACGUAAACAAUUUGUAUGACACAUCUAACUACUUAGAUACAUAAAUGAUCUAAAUUAGGAGCGUUGAGUGAAUGAGUUUGCUUGCAAAAGCCUUGGUAGAAUAGAAAAUAAUAACAUGACAAUUUUGUAUGAUGAAGAUCACAUUGAGUUGCCAUAACAGUUCUGGCUACAAGUGGAAUGAAGGUUGUUCAGGGCACAUAGACUGAAAUCAAUUCUAUAGUAUGUAAUGUACCAAUUUAUUUGUAACAUCUUUAAGUAAAAUAGAACAUGUUAACUAUCCUUGGCGAUUACUAUUGUUGGUUUAUUAAUCAUGAUUAAAAUUGAAUCAAGUUAAUUGAUUAAUUCAAACACUUCUUGGAAUUUGCAUGACUUAGUACUUAUACAUUUCAAAUGUGAUAUUUAUAGUAUGAUUGAUUAAUUACUUUUGUUGACAUAAAUUGGUCACUAUAGUUAAGACCAACUUUAGAUAUUAUUAUUUAUGUAUCUGUUUGCUUGUUACAUAAAUGCCUAAACAACUUUCAUUUCUCUUGUAUUCUGAGCAAUAAUGAAUUUACUUCACAUUAGUUACUCUGGCAACAUUUGAAGUAAGAUUACAUGCGGGCGGGGUGACCAUUGUAAAAAAUAUGUGCUUUUAAUGUCUUGUAGUUAAUCUACUGUAUGACUAGGUGCUGUCAUAAAUCAAUAGGGAUUGUAGCACCCCAGAACUUAAAAUAGGGACUUAAAUAGAAAUUGGAGACGCGUGCUGUGACUUGGACAGUAGAAUUGUAUUUUCUACCCAUACAAAAUUAUAGCAAAAUGUAUAACUUGGGGUGAGUUUACCCAUAAAUAAAAUAAUUCAAGGGGUAAAAUGGUAAUAAAUAAAGUAAAUCAUCAUAAUUAUUUUUUUAUUUAAAAUGUUGCCAUAAUAUAUUGGCGCUGCACCCCGUCCUGCCUCAUUGGUAUUUAUUACGAAGCCAAUAUCACUUGCCAUUUAACGAAAUUCACUUUUACGUUAAUAUCAUAGAGUUUAUAUUCCCUUGGCUAAUUAGGUGUUAGGCCACUAAUUAGAGUAACACCAAUGUUAGAUCAGUGAGCUAAAAAUGAAAAUUUAAUUGAUAUGAAUUGAAAUGAAUUUAUUUUGAUGGCUGUCUUGUUUAUAAUAAUUAUUAAUCAGUGACUAUUGUAUGUGACGUCUUCGCGCUCAUACACUUUUUCACCGCCAGCGUAAACGUCCGUUUUUCUCAAAACCACUGUUCACGUUAAAAAUGGUACGUAAAUAGUAAACAAUUGUUUUAAGAAAACCAACGUUUAUUUUGUCGGCGAACUGGGCCCGAGUAAGUAGAGGUAAACAAUUGAUUUACCAGUUUUAAAGUGAUAUUAUUAAAUUGCUGACAUAAUCAGUGAAAUUGUAUCAUAGCUUACUUCAUAUAGAAUAAGGUGAUAAUACUAAGACAUUGUAGUAUGAAUGACUAUUCUCACUUCAGAGAACAUACAUUUUCUAGACAUAGGUCUCCUGUCAGCCAUUAAGGGUUAGCUAAUAAAGCUAGAACGUUUAAUACCAUUUGGUAUAACUUAUGAAUAAUAAUGUAUCCUUAAGUAUAAAAAGGAUAAUAGCAACUACCAUUCAGCCACAUUAUAUUCACUGCCAGAUAAAAACCUUACAAAUGAAGAAAUAUUCCUCGAUACGAAAUAGGGAUGUCUUAAAUUUUCAUUUCUAGCAACACCUAGAAAUACAGAUUAUGUAAAUAAGAACAAUUUGCAACGAUUUCGUUUGAUAUUUUUUUGACUUGCAUCACUUUUCGCGGUUGUGUAUUAAAAUCUUUUUGUAUAUAUAUUAUAUGAGAUUAGCAUGUUGUAUGUAGAAAUUAAACUAAGUUUACUGGUUGAUUAAAUAACUUUAUAUUAACACGAGUGUAGUCUUGGACACCGGUUAUUUAGAAUUCUUGGGAAUUGCUGAAUUGCACCCUGGUUAUCUAAAGUCUAUGAAAAUUCUAAGAAGUUAAUCUAUAGAAUAAAAAGUUUAGCCUAUUGUGUUGUAUGGGCUUUUAUACAAAGCAUGGUAAUUUCUGGUCAGGCCCAUUGUCAACUACCUGAAUUUAUUUCUAAUACAGGUAGUUGAAAAUUGGCCUAGUGGGAAUAACAAUGACAAAAGGGCACAUUACAAAAAAUAGGUUCUAUAUCAGCAAAAUAAAGAACAACCAGUAAACUUGGUUUAUUUGCAAUAAUAAAAUAUCAAAUCAAUUGGUCAAUUUCAUGCUUAAAAAAAAUUGUAAGCGGUAUUUUAACUCUUUGAAUGUUUAUAGAAUAUAGUCCUUCGAUUUACAUAAGAAAUAGUUUUAUAAUCGUGGAGUUCCACUGUCUUGGCAAUGUUUGUCUUCCAAUGCUUAGGCCCAAGUUAACAGUAUAAACAUAAUUUUCUUAAAAUGACUGUUUACUUUGAAAGAAAUAAACAGUUGUCUUAAGAAAAUUGAUGUUUAUGUUAUCGAUGAACUUGGGCUAUAAGCUGGUAUUCCGAUUCACGCGUCUGUCGUAUGCGGCCAACAUUUCGGACGCGAAGCCCAAUCUCCAAAGCGGAGCGGAGGUAAAGAGAGAGAGUUGAGAAAUCUCGUCAUCGCCCACUCUGCAGUAUAACCAUCAUUAUCAUCUGCCUAGCCUUUUGCCAAUUAUGUUGGGGUCGGCUUCCAGUCUAACCGGUUGUAGCUGAGUACCAGUGUUUUACAAGGAGCGACUGUCUAUCUGACCUCCUCAACCCUGCUACCCGGGCUUAAGACAGCUGUUUAAAAACUUCUCCGCUCUGCUCAUUGUAUGGACCAACGCGAUGCGAGUUCGCUGUCGACAAACGCGUGCGACAGGAUUCGAGCCUAAAUAUCGUGUAAUCUGUUUUGAGAUAAUUUUCAUUCAAGAGUUAAAAGACUGUAUUGAUUGAAAUUCAGUAGUUUUUGAAAGACUGGGUAAUAAUAAAUGUUUGAAAUUCUAAGGACCUCGUACGAUUGUUGUCCAUUACCUGCGUAAAAACGGGCUAUAAAAUAUAUUUAAUGAAAUCUGGUCAUGCAUGGCAGUGUUUCCGGGAACGCAAAAUAAAUACCAGUCUUUCAAAAAGUUCUCGAAUAUGUUUUUUUUUUAUUUGGAAUCUGAUUUUGUAUGUAACGUAGCCUGUAUGACAAUUAUAGAACAAUUUAGUUUCAUUUUUUUUCUCGACAACAUAGAAAAUUAUGUUUUGGAUAUCGUUCCUAUUCACGCUGCGGGAGCGGAUCGAAGGAUCUAGAACCAGAAGCUUGUCUGUGAUCGUUUAGAAAGAUAAACUUAUAUUUUGUAGUAAUGUGCGAAUUAGUUUCUUUGUACUUCUCAGAAGUCAUUUAACUGUCCUCUAAAAUAGUGUGGUAGUAAUUUUGUAACUCAAACUCUUUUGAAAAAAUAUGUAUCGGUAACCUUUCGGUCCGCUUGUGCAGUGCUUCUAAGUGGGUGCAGACAUAUUGUGAAAUUUACCAUAAACGUCUAAGAGCAAACAAUUGUGGUGCCUACUGAGGCAGUUGAUUUCGCAGGCCAUGGCUUAUAGAACCGCACCGUGGCCUCAUAUUAUAGUCCCUUAUCUAGAAAUAUUGCUUUUAAGUGUACUUGAUACUCUAGGAAUUAAGCCCUCAUUAUAGCUCGGAAAAUGUGGCUUGGAAAUGAAGGCAUAUAAGCAAUAAUUAAUUUUAAGUAAACAUUCACGCGGGGAGCAAUAAGCUAGUCGAUUCUCAGGGCCUUACCGUGGCCUCGCUAGGCCCGUCCUAUGAGCCUUGGCCUGAAGCUCUUACAUUAAGUAUUAAUUAUUAUUUUCACUGCACGUCCACGUAAUUUUGUGUAGUAAACAAUCAAAGUGUAAUCCUAAGUUGAUAAUGACGAUGACUUAAUAUUAUUAUGAAAAUGAAAAAGUUUGGACGGCAAUUUUCGGUAAUAAUUAUAUCAAAUAAUUCUAAUCUA